AUGGACGUCUUCAACAACCAAUUCCACCCCUCAACGUCGAAUGCAAUGUCCAUCGGGCAAUGUGCAAAUUCGACGGCCAAUUCGAACACAAAUACGAACAGUUCGAAUGGGAGCUUCGAUUUCGGAGAGGCCAAUUGCCAAGUGAUCACGAUUACGCUGAGGUAUGGCGCUAGAAGCGAGCGGUUGGUGCUGGAGCGGAGUGCGAAUCCAGAGGUAAGUCGAGGGCACUGUGCAGUAAAAAUUUUUUGCACGGUGCGGAUUUUUAUUUGAAUUUUGCACGGUGCAAAUUUUUUCGGAAAAAGGUUUUGGGGAAAAAUUUUUAGCACAGUGCAAUAUUUUAAUUUUUCAUCGCAGAAAAAUUAAAUUUUGCACCGAAGAAUUGCAUUGUGCGAAUUUAUAUUGAAUUUUGCAACGGUGCAAAAUUUUUUUCGUAAAAAGUUUUCGCACUGUGCAGACAUCGCCGAAGGAUUGCACUGUGCAAAAUUCGGUUUACUUCUGCACUGUGCAAGAAAUAUAAAAAAGCAUUUUUGCGCACCGUGCAGAAGAUGGCAGUUCGAAUUAAAAAUGAAAUUUCUAGAAGUUCUUGCUUCAAAAUUUCGGAGUUUGAAGAAAAUCGGAUGUUCCUGCACGGUGCAAAAAAAAAUUUUUUUGAACAGUAAAAAAUGGAAUGGGAUUUCGUGCUAAUGUGUUUCUAGACUAUUCAGAUUAUUUUGGCCAAAUUUUAGCUGAUUUUGAGAAUUGCUUACUGAAUAACGAAAAAAAUUUUUUUAGAUAUUUUAAAUUUUUUUUCAAUUUUUAGGCGUUUGACCAAUUCCGUCGACGGGCCUACAAACUGGUGGAGGAGACAGACGAGGAGAAUGGGUUUUCAACCGAUCCCAGAGGAGAACUCUUCCUUUUUCGACAUGAUUAUGGCUCCGCCAACAUGCUUCAGCGCCUCGCCAAUCUAGCUGAACUUGUAAGUUUUGCUGUUUUUUUUACAUUUUUUGUAGUUUUAAAAACUAUUGCCUUUUCUUGGUGGCGUAUUUUACAAAUAUUUACGUUGAAUUUUACAAUUUCCCUCUUCGCAUAGUGCAAAAAUCUAAAAUGAUUUUUUGCACGGUGCGGAAGAAACAAAAUCUUACCGUAUUCGAUGUUUACUGUAUUUUUGCGAAACGUUGGGGCUGAAAUACAUACUGGUUGGCUCUAUAUUUGAUUUGAAAUUACUUUGAAAAUUCAUUUUGCCCAUUGCACAGUGCAAUUCAAAUUUUUUCAAAUUCCGCACAGUGCAAAGAAAAAUUCGCUGGUUUUUUGUUUACGAUGAGACAACAUCAAAAAUUUUAUGUAUUUAUAAUACAAGGGCUUCAUUUACAAUGUUAUUCUUUCAUGUUCCUAAUCUCUCUUCGCUUACUGCAGAGUAAAAAAUUCAAUUUUUGGUUUUGCACUGUGCGAAGAAAAUUAAAUCCAACAGUACGCAAAAAUUACAGCAAAUAAAUUACAGAUUUUUUCUAACAUGAUAGGCUAGUACUGUUGUCGCCACGUAAAAGCAUUUUUAUUUCUUUUUGGUUUUUACUGCACUUGCAAAAUCAAAAUUGUCUUUUCCCGCACUGUGCAGUCGAAAAACCCUUUCGCUUUAAAAUUGCACUGUGCGAUAAGAAAAACCAAGCCUAGAAAUUGUAUUUUCAGGACAACGGAAGUGUCGUUGAGGUGAUUCGAGUUCCAUCCGAGGAACGGCAAGAAGUCACAGUGCCUCAUAAUGUUCAAGUUCAAAGCUACAAAACUCCGACCUUUUGCGAUUAUUGCGGUGAAAUUUUGGUUGGAUUGAUAAAGCAGGGACUGAAGUGCACAUUAUGCAAGUGAGUUUUUGUAAUGAAGGUUUAUUUUUUCGAAUACACACGUCACUGGCCACUUUAUACGAUGAAAAAUAUUUUAUCGUAUAAAAUGUCGCAGAUGAAGGACUUUAGAGAAAAAUAUUUGUGCGAACUGUAAAAUGAGCUCUGUUUAAUGGUCGUAUCUUAUUUUUGUAAUAGUUUGUUGCUUUGGAGACAUGUUAUACGAUAAAACAUGUUUCGUCGUAUAAAAUGUGCUAAAUGAUUGAUGUUAUGAAAAAUAUUUAUGCUGAUUAAAAAAUGAACCAUGUUUAAUAGUUUUGUUUUGUUUUUGUAAAAGUUUCAGGGUUCAGAGACAUGUUAUACGAUGAAACAUAAUUCAUCGUAUAAAAUGGCUUUCAGUAACCUAAGAUGGCAAAUUUAGAAAAAAAACAGAUUUUAAUCACGCUAAAGCAACAUAAUGUAACAUUUUCACCGUACUGUGCGUCCAAUUCAAUUAAUUUUUUCCCAAAUUUCAGCUGUAAUUUCCACAAAAAAUGCGCGUUUGCCGCCCGCAAUAACUGCGCACGGAACGAAAACAGCACCCAAAAUGGACAGCCAGGUAAGUUAUAGUUUGUUGAAAAAAUUUCGAAAUUUUUAGGUACCCCAACAAGCCCGCAGGCCUAUCAAUUGCCCCACACCUUGUCGGUCCACAGCUAUCGUACCCCGACGGUUUGCAAAAUCUGCGACAAAAUGCUGUUGGGAUUGGUCAAGCAGGGAAUGCGAUGCAGGGAUUGUAAGGUGAGACAGUAAUUUUUUACUUGAGAAAAAAGAUGUUUUUUGAAAAAAAAUUGAUUUUUGCAAUAUAAAUUUUUUCAAAAAAAAAAAAAAAAAAAUUAAUUUUUUUUUGGUUUUUUGCACUGUGCAUCAAAAAAUUUUCGUUUCCGCACAGUGCACUUUUCUUUUUCUUUUUUUUUUGCACUGUGCGGCUACAAAGACAACAGAAAAUUCGAAAAAAUGUCAAAAAUUUCAAAAAAUAUUUUUUUUGGUGACCAAACACAAACCAAACAAAUUUUUUAUGUAUCAUAAUUUCACUGCACUCAAAUGAUUUCCGGAUUUGAAUAAAUUUAGAAAAAAAAAAUUUUGAGUUAAGCAAGACAAAAUAUGUGAAUCAUAGUUGGCUCAUCGCCUACUCUGACGUAAAUUUAUGCAAAUGGAGGCGGAAACUUGUAUAAAUAACUAAAGUAACUUGUUGUUUGGACUGUUUGAAAAUUUGAGAUUCAUUUACAUUUAUUCUUGAUGGGGUUUUUUUUUUUUUUUUUUUUUUGAAGGGUCGUAUUUUAGCUAUUUUUGAUCUUUUUUUUACAAAAUUGUGUAGAAAAAUAAAAAAAAAUCACAGUGCCGAAAAUCAUAAAUCACAUUUUUUUUUAUUUUUCGCACCGUGCAAAGCAAAAUUUUUCCAAAAAAUUUUGCACCGUGCAUACAAAAAAAAAUAAAAUUUCAAAAUCCUUUCUCAAAAUAAUACCAAGUCCCGCAAAGACUCUCAACUCAUAAUUUCCUCAAAUUAGGCCUUCAUUCCAGGUGAACGUGCACAAGAAAUGCGCCGCGUUUCUGCCGAAUGACUGCCACAUCGGGAACGGGAUUGUCCCUCAAUUUGAUCAAAUGUCCGUCAACGAGAUGCCGCAGCCGGUGCAGAAGAUGGAGGUGGAGAGUCAGUCGUCGUUGGGGAUGAUCCCGCUGGCCCGUUUGCCGGGCUCGGCCAACACUCGGACCGGCCAACAGGGCACCUUGUGCGAGGGAUGGGUGGUCCAUUUUUUGUAUACGCAGCCAGCGAAGCGUCUGAAGCACUAUUGGAUUCUGUCGAAUGGACAAAUCUCUAUGUACAAUGAAUAUAAUAAUGGUGGGUGGAAUUUUGAGGAAGGGACAUGUUAUACGAUGAAACAUGUUUGGUCGUAUAAAAUGUCGCUGAAGCCAAAAAAUGUUUAAAAAACCUGUUUGUUGUGUCAAGCAGAAUCUGUGUUUGCGCACAUAAACUAUUAUUUCCGAAAGUUUUACGUCAGGAGCUUUUUAUACGAUGAAACAUGUUUGGUCGUAUAAAAUGACGCUGAAGGCAGAAAAUGGUUAAAAAACAGGCUUGUGGCUUUAUGUACGAUAUCUAGCUUUUUAUUUCCUAAAUUGCUUUGAAGACAUUUUAUACGAUGGAACAUAUCUUGCCGUAUAAAAUGGCUCUGAAGAAUGGGACGCCAAUAUAAGUGAUUUGUAGCAUUUAUUCUGAUGUUAAAACAAGCGUUCGAUGUACUGAGGGGUGUUUUUCUCCAAAAAACUGUUAUUUGGGCAUUUUAUACGAUAAAACAUGUUUCAUCGUAUAGAAUGUCCAGGUAACCAAACUUUAGAAGAAUUAGAAGUGCGCUUUAUAACAUAAGCCCCGGUUAAUAUUCUCAUUUUUUUUGUAAAUUUUAUUGCUUGAGAGACAUGUUAUACGACAAAACAUGUUCAAAUCUCUGAAAUUUCAGUAACUGGUGUCAACCCAUCUCGAGUGUUCAAGCAAAUCUCUCUGGCUGAUAUUUUGGCUGUCGUCCCCUAUAACGGACCUCCAAUUGACACCCGUUUCCCGGCCCAUUGUUUCGAGAUCCGGGUGCGAGCCGCGGCCGAGGAUCAGAUCUAUUGCGUGGGAGAGAAUCUGGAAGCACUCUCCAGCGGCGGUGCUCCACCCUCCAAGCAGCCGCGCCAACAACAGUAUGGGCUGAGCGGCAGCUGGCAGCAGUGGUUGAAAGCGCUGGAAAACGCGCUUCAACCCCCAUCCUUAAGGUCCGAUCCAUGCAAUGCGGAGCCGGCACUACAAUUCUCCCAGAUGUAUCAGGUAAGAAGGCCUUCAGUGGACGAAUCAACAUUCUCUGUAAUAUAAAAACGAGCCGAAAUUGAUUUUUUGACACAUUUUAUCAUUUGGCAAUGAUCAAAGAAUCUUCUUCAGCAGUUGGACUUUUUAUACGAUGAAACAUGUUUCGUCGUAUAAAAUGUCACCAGCAGGAGAUUUUGGGCAUAAAAAUUUCCCCUGAGGAGUCUAGACAGCAUAUUCCUCAAAUAUGUAUUGUGAGGACAUUUUAUACGAUCAAACAUGUUUCGUCGUAUAAAAUGUCUCUCAACAUUAAAUUUUGUUGAUACAAAUUUGCUAUGAGGAGUGUAGGCUAAAUUUGCAACGAAUAUUUACAGAAUGUUAUUGUAGUGACAUUUUAUACGAUCAAACAUGUUUCAUCGUAUAUGAUGUCUCUUUUCGAAUUACAAUGUGCUCAUCAAAUAAAGUAGUUAUUUAGUCUCUGACCUUUUAAUUUUUCAGAUUGUCCGCGAAAAGGUCCUCGGAUCCGGCCAGUUCGGCACCGUUUUCCAAGGAAUUCACCGGCAAACCAGCCGCUCCGUGGCCGUCAAAGUCAUCGCCAAGGAUCGCUUCUCCAAAAAAUCGAAUGCCGGCGUCGAAACGUUGAAGUCCGAGGUCGCAAUCCUUCAGGCCAUUGAUCAUCCGGGCAUCAUCAAACUGGAGAGCAUGUUCGAGACCAAGGAUAAGAUAUUUGUGGUCAUGGAGAAGAUGAAUGGCGAUAUGUUGGAGAUGAUCCUGAGUCAGGCAACCGGUCGAUUGGAUGAGCGAGCCACGCGCUUCUUGAUCAUGCAAAUUUUGAGCGCUUUACGGUGAGAUUUUGAGAUUUUUUGAACUUAAAAUGCGAAUAAUUUGUGUGAUUCUGCAUAACGCGGUUUGAAACUUUUUGAAGAGUCAUAGGAAAUCAUUAUCUUUUCAUUAUCUCUUUAUACUGGCAAGUUUUUGGCUUGUUUGGAAAUGAGAUUUUUUGAAUUGAAAAUGCACGAAAUUCGCUUAAUUCUGCAUAACGCGGUUUGAAAUAUUUUUUUACAGUCCUAGAAAGCCCUUAUCUUUGUCCUGGCAUGUUUUUGGCUUGUUUAAAAAUGAGAUUUUUUUAAUUUGAAAAUGCAAAAAAAUCACUUAAUUCUACAUAACGCGGCUUUAAAAUUUUUUAAUAGUCUUAUGUUAACUAUCUUAAGUCAUUAUAUUUGUCCUGGCAUGUUUUUGACUUAUUUUAAAAUGAGAUGUUUUGAAUUUAAACUGAACAUAAAUGAUUUAAUUCUGCAUAACGCGGUUAUUUUUUACAGUCCUAGAAAGCCAUUAUAUUUGUUCUGACAUGUUUUUGGCUUGUUUGAAAAUGAGAUUUUUCGAAUUCAAAACGCAUAAAAUUCGCUUAAUUCUGCAUAACGCGGUUUGAAAAUUUCCGAAAUUCCUCAAAAAAUCCAUUUCCCCUGUUAUAUACUAUUUAUUCCCCCAUUAAAAUCUCAAAAAACCCCAUUUCCAGCUACCUGCAUUCCCGCGCCAUCGCGCACUGCGACCUGAAGCCGGAGAACGUGCUGUUGUCCGACCUCUCCGCCCACUACCCCCAAACCAAGCUGUGCGACUUCGGCUACGCGCGCUUCAUCGGGGACGCGCAGUUCCGGAAGACGGUGGUCGGCACGCCCGCCUACAUGGCGCCGGAGCUGCUGAUGAAGAAGGGCUACAACCGGAGCCUGGACAUGUGGUCGGUGGGCGUCAUCAUCUACGUCACGCUGAGCGGCACCUUCCCCUUCAACGACGGCGAAGAGAUCACGGAGCAGAUCCAGAACGCGUCGUUCAUGUUCCCGGCGGACUUGUGGUGCAACACCAGCCAACUGGCCAUCGAUUUGAUCCAGAGGCUGUUGAAGGUGCAGAUCGAGGAGCGCCUGAAUAUCGAUGAAGGAAUUUCGCAUCCCUGGCUGCAGGAUGCACAAGUUUUUGCGGACUUAAGACAACUGGAGAGCCGGCUGGGAGGCCCCCGAUAUCUGACGAAUGAGGCCGACGAUCAGAGGUUCGCUCCGUUCCUGCAGCAGAUUCAGAAUACCCCACCGUUUUAG